GAUAUACUCCAGUAUGACUAGUUUCGAAGAUGAUAAAUGUUUUCUUCCUAUUAGAGAUGCAAUAUUAGCCAUUAAUCAAAAAGUUAAUCUCAUCGGUAUGGUUUCUGAGUUUGGAACUCCUCAAAAAAGUAAUGGAACUGAUUAUUUCUGCACACUCAAAAUUAUGGAUGAGUCUUAUCACAUUUAUGAUUCGGCUAAGACAAGAAAGUUUUACGGUCUUGUGGUGAAUAUGUUUGCUUCAAGCAUAGAAGACCUGCCGCAGAUCAACUCAGUUGGAGAUAUCAUAUGUUUUUCUCAAGUUUUGAUGAAAACUCAUGAUGGAAUAACUCUUGCAUCGUAUUCAAAAAAGGGGUCUUCAUUUGCCUUGUUUACAGGAAAGUCUAGAAGCUUAACUUCAUAUCAAUCUUCUUCGAAUUUUCGCCUUAGUAAUCUUAAGAAAUCCUUAUCCCGACUCAGAACGUGGAUGCUCGAUUUUCAACUUGAUUCAGGAUUGGAUGAAUCAUUAGAUUCAUUACCGUUGAGGGAGAUCAAGGAAAAAGAAACUGAUUUAGGGUCGAACAAACCAUUACUGUUGAGGGGGAUGAAGAACAACGCGACUUUUGAUUCAGGAUUAAGAGAAUCAUUACUAUUGGGGAAGAUGAAGAACAAAACGACUUUUGAUUCAGGAUUGAAAGAACCAUUGCUGUUGAGGGAGAUCAGUGAAAAUCAGACUUCUGACUUAGUAUGUAAGAUUCUUCAUGUUUCUGAACUAUCGAAAGGUGUGAAGAUGCUCUAUGUAUGGGAUGGUACUGAUGUUCCUCCAUUAAUUUGUCAGUCAGUGCUGAGUACUGAAAUGGAAAAUCCGCUUCCACUGCAAUUUGAAGAAUUACCUUUACCAAGAGAGGUCUUGUGCACGUUUCCAUCUGUGGGAACUAUCAUGAGGGUGAUGGCUGCUAAAACAAAAGAUGAAGGUGGUCCUCUGGUACCAAACAGCGGUACUUGGGUAAAGAUUCUUUGCAUUCUCUGUAAAGCGCGAUUUGGAUUGUGGUAUGGUGAGUGCACAUCUUCCACAAAGCUCUGGAUUUUGUCCAAUGAAGACAGCUCUGUAACACAACGGCUGCGGAUUUCUGAGGAGCGUUUAUCUUCUGUUUCGGGUCGCAUGCCCUAUUCAGCUUUUCCUUGGCCAUCUCAUAUCACUGAGAUAAAUCACGAAAAUGUGCCAAACUGUACACUAAUGGAUGUUCUCACCUACAAGGAGGUAACAUCAAAAUUCAAAUGCGUGGUUCGGGUUGUGGCAAUGUGCCCUGGGCAGGUCGAGAAAUUCCGGUCCCCAGAAGAUUCAGACAGGUAUAUGAUUAGGUUCACACUGGAGGAUCCAACUGCAAGAAUUCACGCUUAUAUCUAUGCUGAAGAUGGGGAGAACUUUUUUGAUGGUUUUCACUCCACGGAAGUACUUACGAAUGCGCGCAACCGACUUCUCGGGGUCAGUGAAACAGAUGAUGGGGCCACUCUUAGAAAUCCACCUUGGGUACAAUGUUGUUUAAAAUCUUAUUAUCUUGACAAAUCAAAUCCCUGGUCAACCAGAAAUUAUAGGAUCUUCCACACCAGGCUUGUCUUAUAGGAGCUUGAAGAUCAGACCAGAUGCCCUUAUUUUUUGUAAUUGAAGAUGAACAUCAUAUCGGCAUUUGUUUUUUGUAGAGGUCGCAUCCUUUUUUGCGAGGGAAGUCAUGACAACACCUGUAUUUAUAUGCACGCCCAUGUUAUUAGUCACGAAGAUUAGCAUAAUCCUUUUUGUACACAAACCUAACCUUUUAAUUCUGUAAUCAGCAGUUUCUUUAUAUCUUUAUUGUUCUACCCAGUACCCAAACUUGUUAUUACCUUGAAUAUAUUAGUA